CGGAUAGGAGCUGCACUUCAAGUGUAAGGUCUGGAGUGCACCGAGCUCUUUUCGAUUGGCUCUGUUUUCGUAUUUCAUGAGUACACGUCAAGGCGAAGAGAGGACUUGAGUGAUGUUGUGUGGAAUGCCUGGGUGUUGCCGCACGAACGCAGCGGGUGCUUCGACAUCGUGGAAUGUGGGACUCGGUGUUGUUUGAUUGAGUUCCCUUUCAUCUGGUUGAGAGUCAUACUUCGAGGAGGAGGAAGAGGAUGCAGCAGUCCGAGACGGCGGUGGCAGCCGAGCGAGUGUUGAUUUUGGGCGUGCAUGAUGCUGGUGGUGGUCGAGAGUGCAAUCUGAGCUUCAUUGAGAAUUGGGUGCUUUCUAUUUUUCGCUAGUCUUUUGCUCGAUACUUGAGAAGAUGCCACGGUUUGCAUUGCAUGAAACCGUAAGACGGAACCUCGCGAGCAGAUUCGGACGUUGCUUGUACGUGGGAGCGACGAACAAGGAGAAGGUGGUUCCUCUAUUCGACGGGGACAGAGGAAAUCCGAAGCGAGCGCACGAGUGGAUGAGAGUAUAUUGUAAAUGGGCUGUGCAGGAGGGUUUGUCCCAGGACCAAACGCUGUUAAUUGCCGUGGAUCAUAUGUUCGUCAACGCCUACGGUUGGGCAACACAGUUUCUCAAUGGGGUGAGCUGGGAAGAAUUUAUGACUGGAUUUUACCGAGAAUACGUCACCAAUAACGGGGCAGUCAUUCAAGCAGUACGGGGGUGGUAUCGGAUGCUGAAAAAGGCCAAGGCAGUACCUUUCAUACGUUUUUCGGGCAGGGAGCUUGCAACUGCAACCGAUGACUUUGCUCCUCGUCAUAUUGUCGGAGAAGGGGGAUUUGGUGUUGUAUAUAUGGCCCAUCUGCCUGGGAACCAGGUGGUUGCUGUGAAGAAAUUAAAGGGUGCCAGUAAGGAGGCUAUGCAGCAGGCGCACAACGAAGUAGAAAUUUUGUCCCAGUUCAGACAUCCGAAUCUGGUGAAACUUUUGGGAUGUUGUUUGGAACAGAGGGAUCCUUUGUUAGUAUAUGAGUACAUUCCAAACGGAAAUCUGAUGCAGCAUUUGUGCGGGGAGAUGAAGAAAACGCUGACAUGGGAGAACAGGAUGUCAAUAGCUAUAGGAACUGCAGAAGCCAUCACGCAUCUGCACAGCUGUGGCAGUUCACCGGUUUAUCAUCGAGACGUGAAGUCGAACAACAUUCUUCUGGACCAUGACUUAAAUGCAAAGAUUGCGGACUUCGGUCUAUCCAAGUUUGUCCAGACACUCAACUUCGUUGCUACUCACAUAACCACAACUCCUCAAGGAACCCACGGGUACGUGGAUCCUUGCUACCUACAAACGUUUCAUCUCACCGAGAAGAGCGACGUGUACAGCUUUGGCAUUGUUCUUUUGGAGCUUGUUGCAGGAAUGCGAGUGUUGGAUAUGAGUAGACCCGAAGGUGAGUGGUCUAUAGUUUAUGUGGCCAUCGACAGAGUUACCAAGGGAAGGUUUGAAUCUUUCCUUGAUCCAAAAUUGAAAGAAAGUGAACCAGAUUGCAUUGAACAGGCACUGGAUAUUACAACAUUGGCUCUCAAGUGUCUGACUCUGAGCUUAGAGGACAGACCUGUUAUGAAACAGGUGUUGCAGGAGUUGCACUGCAUACAGGAUAAUUGGGUACUGGUAUGAUUGUGAUACUCCUCCCUUGUGUUUUUCUGGCACGGAAGUCACUGUAGAUACAGCUUCGGAUAAUGGAAAUUUGUUGCAAAAAUAGGUUCUUAAUUUACUACUUUCUCCCUUAGUCUGAACGACAGACCAAGUGUGGGUUGAGAGUACAAACAAACAGUUGUCAAUUGUUAACGUCUGGCUGCGAUGAGGAUAUCAGCUCAUGUACUUUUCGCAUAUGGGAAAGUGUCAUUAGUCAGGAGGACCGUUAUGCGAUUGCAAUCAAUGCAUUUUGUUUUGAAUCGAAAACAUCGAUCAAUCUUAUGUGCUGGCUGAGAUCUCUUCGGAUGGUGGAAUGAGGCAAGUCAGGCAAUCAGACUUCACACAACAUAUUUGUGGAGGCAAUUUCGCUUUGCAGCUUCGAGCUAUUGAACGUUCUGUUGUUUAUCCUGUGUAAAUAAUUUUCAGCAGUUCCACAAUUAUGUGCCUAGAGGAAGAUCCUGCCACAUGAUCGUCUUUUUAUGCUACCGAUUGUGGCGCAUGAUAUUACUCAUGAGACGCUGUAAGCUUUCCAUAAUGGAUAGAAAAUGUAGCAUGGGACAAAUUUUUUUGCCGUCCGAUUUCAGUCGAACUAUUGAGUACGACUAGGCCACGGCCCUGGUAGUGUUCACGGAAAAGAGAUGUUAAUUGUACAUAAUUCAGUAAAUAC